AUGAGUUUCGGGAGUCCUGGCGGUCGAUCCAUCAAUAUCAAGCCGACACCUCCGGAACGGGGUAGCUUUCCGCUUGAUCAUGAUGGAGAAUGCAAAUACUUGAUCGCAUCAUAUCUACAUUGUCUAAAAUCGGUCGGCGGUGUCAAUGAUGAAAGAUGUCGAAAGCUGGCCAAAGGAUACUUGAACUGUCGGAUGGAAAAAUUUGCAACUUGCUAUAGCAACCUGAUGGCUCCCGACGAUUUCAAGAAUUUGGGCUUGGAAUUUAACGAUGAUGCGCCCAAAUCGGAGCAGAAGCCCGAGACGACGGCAAAGACGAAACAAGCACCAUCGACAAAAUGA